AUGCCCCGCCCCACCCCCAUGCCAGACCACCAGUGGCGCGCAUGCACUGCCAUCCUCGACGCCGUGUACGGGGCGAAAGCAGGCAGCCGAAAGAUCAGCAGAAUAUUCCAGUCGCUACCCGACAAGGACGACUUUCCCGACUACUACGCCGCCAUCCCCGAGCCAGAGUGUCUCGACAACAUAGCCGCCCAACUCGAAUCGCAGGCGUACGCGACUCCUGAACUCUUCUUUAAACAACUCCAUCUCGUCUUUCUCAACGCCAAACACUACAACGAAGAGGGCUCCCAAAUCUACGCCGACGCAACCCGUCUUGAAAACCAGAUCCACCAAGACUGGGUCUUCGCUGCCAGCUCCCACACCUUCUCCCAUACAGAUCCCUACCACAGCAGCCCCGUCAAACCCGGCAGGCGACCCAAACGCACAUCCGUCACACCCGCCCCCUCCAUCCCCCCGGUCCUUCUCCAGACCCUCAGCCCCAUCCCCGAACCGUCCCUAGCUGGCUCCUCCCGCUCGCCUGCUUCUGCAUCCCUCCCCAAGCCUCCCCAAUCUGCUCAACCAUCUCCCCGCUCUGCUCUUCCCAGCAUGUCCCAACCGCAAACGCUGCAGCAAGCCUAUAUGGCCACCCCCAAUGUCCCCAUGGACCCCGCCAAAGCUGCCCAAUACGCAGCAGACCAGGCCGUCGUAGCCGCUCGAGACGCUACUCUGCCCAGAUGGUCGGGGCCUAAAGAAGUGCUUUCGGGCAACCCGGCGCCUGGGGGCGUGCCGGGGAGUGGAUGGUGGGGAGAAGACGCCCCGGAUUAUGAGAGGACGACUGGGGGGCCGGACCAAUGGCCGUUUAGGAUACGAGCUGUCGUGGGGGCCAUAGAGGGCUACAAGGAUGCGAGCGGCCAACGUCUCGCCGAGAUCCUCGACGUCCUCCCCGAAGCGCCCAGCAACCCCUACCUCUCCUACGAAUACCCACUCUCUUUUGCCAAGAUCGCAGCUACCGCCGAUGCUGCCCGGUACCUCACCUUGAAAGAUUUCGACAUGGACAUGGCCCGGCUGUUUGAAAAGGCCAGGAGAUGGUACCACGAUGGGUCGCCAGAGUACGGCCAGACGCUCGUUUUGCAAAGACUAUACAAUGCUCUCACAGCGCCGUACCCCAUCCCCCUCCCUCCUUCCGGUGUCCCCGCGCCCUCCGUCACCCAAUUCGCCUCCAUCCCCGCCGGACCAGGCAACGCCCGUUCCCUGCACGAAGCCACCCAAGAAAUGCGUGCCGGUGCUUCCGAAGACCAAGUCGGGUACGCCAUCACCACCUUCCGUGUCGGCACCAAGGACCGAAUUUUCACCGACGAAGCUAGGCAUAAGGGUGUCCCGUAUAGAGUCGGAGAUUAUGUGCAUCUGAUCAAUCCGGAUGAUCCGACGAGACCGAUUGUGGGGCAGAUUUUCAAGACGUUUGUGCCGACCAAGGGCCAGCAGACGCACCAUGUUUCUGUUUGCUGGUACUAUCGCCCAGAACAGACUGUGCAUCAACCGGAUACCAUGUUUUACGAGCGUGAAGUGUUCAAGACUGGACAGUUCUGUGAUCACCCCGUGGAAGAUAUCCUCGAGAGGAUCUCGGUGCAGUUCUAUGUCAAGUAUAUCCGUGGACAUGUCUGCAAUUCGCGAUUCAACCACCGAGAUUACAACAUUGUGCGAAUCAAGAACUGGAACAGCUGUAUCCCCGAAGAAUUACGCCAAACAGACUUCAUGUCCAUCGUUCCCUUUGAUCGCCCUAUCGAACUCCGCAUGCUCCCAUCUCCCUUCAACCUCGGCGUGCGCGGCCCCGGCUUCUUUGGCGACCCCAAAAAGAUCCUUGGCGGCGAUACCGCAAACGACGACGACGAUGAUGAAGAAGAAAGGCCGAAACGUGGACGCGGAAGGCCGCCCGCGACGCCGGCUGCUACUAGCUAUGGUGGCGGGAUUGGCGUCCCAGGCUCGGCGAGGGGGACGCCCGUGCCGCAGACGUAUCGUGCGCCGGUGGUCAGCCAGCAGGGUCAUGUCCCCGCACCUGCACCUCCUGUCCAAGCACCGCCUCCACCGAAACCGGUGGUGCAGCCGGUAAAGACUUUUGCGGGGUUGUUGGGCGGGCAGCAGAUUUUGGAUCAGGUGGCGCACAAGGAGACGCUUCCGCAGGAAGUUGCGAAACUGUUCCCACAAGACGUCCGUGGCAAUGUUCUCUGGUUCUCUGGCGCCCCCAUUGUCCCCGGCGCAAUCUCUAUCCCACAACAACAAGCACACUCCCUCGCCUACCUCGAAUACCUCACAAGACGGAGACGAGGCGAGGACUGGGUUCCUCCCAAGAAGAGCAGAAAGGUGGAAGAGAAUGGCGUCUUUCCGAAUGGGCAAGACGCUGGUGGGGAUGAGUGGUGGGCUGAAGGGAAGAGUGGGGAGGAGGUGCGGGCUGAGCUGGAGAAAAUUGUCAGGGGUUAG